ACGUGUUAGAUGCUGCUAAAUAACGUUGAAUACGGACAUGUAACGACAGAAGCAGACGCGUGCUUUUGUUAAGUACUUCCGGUUACGCGCGGGGACAACUUCCGGAUGAUAACAGCAUCAGCUGUUGUUGCCAAGAUGGCGCAUAACCUGGCAGAAUUGGAGGUUCCCCUGGUAGUAGAACCGGCCGGCGACCGAGGGAAAGAUGUCUUAAGGCGAUGCAGGGGGCGACCCAGGCUUACAGACUCAGACCGAGCACAGCGACGCCUUGAAUCCCGGAAGAAGUACGAUAUUCGGAGGGUUUACCUAGGGGAGUCGUACAAGCUCUGGAGUGAGCUCCGAAGGCGCACAAGUCUGAGUGAUGCUGGACUGGCAGCCAUGUUAAUCGUGCUUCAUUCCACAUUUGGGGAGAAAUAUCAACAGAGACUCUCGGGGAAAGCUAUUACCCCAGAGGGACCAGAUAAGUCUGCGCAAAAAAGAGAAGUUAAGAGGGAGCGUGAGUCAAGUCUCCAUAGCCUGGUGUGUUGGUACCAGGAGCACUUACGUUCCUGCCCUCAUGAGCCCCAUCUCAGAUCUCUGGAGCCCCAGCCCAACUUCUCUACCGCCGCCAUCUGGCAAUGUGACUCCGACCAUUCAUUUGUGCAACACCUUUUCUCCCCGCUGAGGGAGGCAAGCGACUCCGAGCGGGAGGAACGAGAAAACGGAGAGGACGAUGUCGAAAGUGCUGCAAAAAAAGAUGUAUUGGUGCCGAAAAGGUUCUCAAGCCAGAAGAGAAAAACUAACGCUCUAUUAAAAGAUUUGGGAGAAACAAUGGUUGCUUCCGAGGGUCAGCACACGAUCACAAAUGACAUAGAACAGACUGAAGUUGUCGCACCCCAUGCAAGUGUGGAGACCUCCUCCAAUGAUGUCUCUCUGACAGUCCCGCACGCGUGGGAAAUGGAGAUGGUGCUGGAGCGGCGACCGCAAGGCUCCCCUGAAGCAAUGUUUCACUCCCUCGCCUCAGAAGAGGAGAUUGAGGACGUGAGGCGAAGCCAAGCUGAAGGUGCAAGAGAAGAGCAAGAAGAACAACAAAUUGGGUGCGAUUACGAGUGCGUUACUGUGGGAGCAUCUUUUGUUGAUAAACUGCGGAACACCGAUGAGGACUUAAGUAAUUCGGUCCCACCCGCCCAGCAGGAGCUGUUGGUCCCGUCUCCCAUUCAGGCGGAAGAAAAAGGGCAACUGUUUGAUCCACACUCUUUGCAGACGGUGGUGACUAGUUGUCAGAUCCCUAACCAGCAGACCAAUUUAGAAGGCUCACAGCUAAUUAUCAUAACUGGCGCCACCUAUGAUGGCAUUCAGCUCAAUGUGGGUGCUGGUCAUGUGGAGGAAGACGCCUGCACUGUCAUCGGGGGCGUCACCUACAACCAAGUUUGUGAGCCUGAAUCCAAAAUGCAGCAAGCAGAAUAUGAAGACUCCAUGACAGGAUUAAGUAACAAGCUGCUGCUACAGCCCACCGUUGACAAUCUGGAGCUAAAUAGCGACCGAGAGUUGCAGAGGCGUCUGAGCAGAUCAAAGAGGAACAGGCGAGGUCCAGUCAUUGAGGCUGACGGGAUGCUCAAGAUGUUCCAUUGCCCUUACGAGGGCUGCAGUCAAGUGUACGUAGCCAUUAGCAGCUUCCAGAAUCAUGUGAACCUAGUUCACAGGAAAGGCAGGACAAAGGUUUGUCCGCAUCCGGGCUGUGGCAAAAAAUUCUACCUAUCCAACCACCUACAUCGCCAUAUGAUCAUCCACUCAGGUGUGCGAGAUUUCAUCUGCGAGACGUGUGGGAAAUCUUUUAAGCGUAAAAAUCACCUGGAAGUUCACAGACGGACUCACACGGGAGAAACACCUUUACAAUGUGAAAUCUGCGGCUACCAGUGCCGUCAGCGCGCGUCCCUGAACUGGCACAUGAAGAAACACACUCCGGAGGCUCACUACAACUACCCCUGCGAGUUCUGCGACAAGCGCUUUGAGAAGCUGGACAGCGUCAAAUUUCACAAGUUGAAGAGUCACCCGGAGAAGCUGUCCUCUUGAGGCCUUCACGCUGUGACGAAAAGCGAGCGGACCCUCGACGACGACAAAGCUGCGCAGGACGCGGCGUCUCGCGUGCGAUCCUCUCGGCCUGCGAAUUGAAGCGCUUCCAAAUUGAGAAGCUCAAUUUUGACCAUUUAUUCAGCUUCAUUUCAAAAAUGCUCAAGAAUAAUAUUUGGUUUACUUAUGGGAAUAGGUUUAUAUUGUAAAUAUGUAAGUCGAUAUCUAUAUAAGUACAUGCAGACUAUUCCUUACUUCUACUUCAAGUUGAGUUUUUGACUAUUUGUUAAGUAUUUAUUCAUCAAAUCUCUCUCUGUUAAUAUGAUUUUGUGCAAAUUGCAAUUCCCAAGGAAAAUCAUGUGACUCUCAUGGCUUGGUUUUAAGGCAUAUUUAAGUAAGUAAGUAAGUAAGUAAGAAUAUGUUUCCCAAUAAAAGGAACCAUCGUAGCUAUAUGUUGGGUUGUGUUUUGCACAUCGUGUGAGCUUCGGUAAAAUCAUGUUGAACACGGCUGUCAUAACUGUAGUUCUCCAACGAAAGAGAAUCGUGUAUUUUGUGAGUAUUAAGCGCUUGAUUUCAAUAAUGGCAAAAGACUGCGACAACAUUGAGGUUCAUUGAGAUUCGGUGUUUCCCAAAAUUCUUUUGUGCUGUGUGUGUUUUCAGAGCAGUCACGAGCUUCACUUGUUUUCAGUUUGAUAAGUGAAUAUCGACGGAAGUCUUUCUCCGGGAAAUUGUUUCCCAUUUUGUCAUUUUGUACUGUACUGUAUAUAUUUUUGUCUCAGCAAAUGCACUUUUUAUUCCCCGUGUGUCCUCUCAACUGACGACUCAUUCAAAGGUGUGGCCUCCAUUCUUUAACCAAAUGAUAUUUGCCUCGCAUCAGUGGUGAUUAAUGUGCAACACGCCUUUUACGUAAGUAAAGGGCUCACUCGGUGUUUGUGAUCAAGUGCACAAAAGAGUCAUGCAAUGACUGAUGCGGAACCUUUCGCCGUGUGUGACGUUCGUCAGGUCUUGAGAUACUGGUGUUAACACGGUAUUGGGCACACUGACUGCAUGUGGUAUUUACGUCGCCCACCCCGCCGAUAAAGAAAUCCAUUCAACAUGUCGAACCGCCAACGAAUUAGCUUCCCGCUCAUAUUCAUCGUGUGAUUUUCGCUUUAGUCAGGUUCUGUGCGUCGCUCGUGUUCUUUCAUCACAGUGUGAAGGUCAAUUGCAUUUUUUUCAAGCUUUCUUUUCUGUUGUCAUGUACUGUCAUCACAAAGAUAAUGUUCGGUUUUGAUUGACACUGUCGGUCAUUUAAGGAUAGGACUGUACUGUAGCUUAUUCGAGUUUACAGUUAUACCUAAUGUUAAAGUAUUGCCAACAGUAAGUUCAUGGAUGCCUGUAACCCUGGAGACCAUUUUGGUUUUAAGAAUCAUAAAAAUGCAGCAGAGACGAUUAUUAUUCUUCUUCUUAUUAUGUUUAAAUAAAGAAAAUCAAACUGAUUGUAAUACUUUUAUCGAAUACUCAUGGAAAUACCUGAACAGACUCCGAUUUCACCAUCGAAAAUGCAGUGGCCCCUCCCUGCGUAUUUGCGGUUUAGCACCUGCGGAUUCGCCUGUUAGUGGAUUUAUUAUUAUUAUUAUUAUUUUUUAUUUUUUUAUUUUGGGGGGGCAACCUCGGUUUUUCGUGGAAAACUGUUAUUGGCGAUAUCCCCGCUUAUUCAAGAAUUACGGGGCUUGCAAAAAAUGGCCUUCAAAUGAGUUGUGGGUUUUUGCUCUUGGCGGUCAGUCGUGUCCAGUCGUGUCCUCUGGUACAUUGCACUACUUUGACUUUAGAGUGACUUUUCAAAAGUCCUGGUUGGGUUGCUAUCUUCACAAAAAUGAUACUUGCUUUCUAUUGAAACGUCUCUUUUUUUUGGGGGGAUGAUUAUGUUCCUUGUGGGAUUGGCUGAGGAAUAUGUGUGUGGUGUCCAUUUGAAUUGAAGUUACCAAAUAUGUUCCUCGCUGUAUAAAUGGCCAUGGGGCCUUUUUUUAUGGUCCAUCUCGCUCGAUUUAGUACUGGUGGUUGGCCUCAUUAUUCAUCAUUGUAUAAAUGAUGGUACAGACCCAAUAUUACUAUCAUUUUCCAACAAAAUAAAGUCAUCAAAAUGUU